CAGGCUCUUUACUGGUGAAAACCAGUAUGUUGAAAGAUGCUCAUUAGACGGCCUAGCUUUCACCUGGGUCAGGCAGUGUUUGAGAGGAGGAUAGACUCGGGUAGUCAACUGAUGGGGGAAAAAAGCCUGUGUAUUUACCAGCUAUAGUUUAACUAAUGAAAACAGGUGGCCCUCUUCAUUCAGACAAACGAGGUUAGAGCGGGAGUUUGAAACAAGAUGAAGAUUGUAUUGGUCGUGGCUCUCGUCCUGCUGUUUGUCUGGCUUCAGAAUGCCCACAGGUCUGACGUCAACCAACAAGGAAGUGUUUGUGAUCAGGCUCUUCCUCUGGCCAUUUCCAGGCUCCUCAUCUCCCCUCUCUCGGUCUACUCCUGGCUGGUCUCUGUGAUGGUUAAACUCCUCUUCUCCCCUCUCUCUGUCUACUCCUGGCUGGUCUCUGUGAUGGUUAAACUCCUCUUCUCCUCUCUGACCCUCAUCUCCUCCUCCCUGUAUUAUACUGUCCUGCUCCUGCUUGCCGGGCCCUGCUGUAUCGCCACCUUGUCUCUGUCUGUGCUAGUGUCCUGUCUCCGUGUAGUUAUCUAUAUGGUUCACCUAGUGUUGGUGCUCUGUGCUCUGGCAGUGCUCGCCAUCAUGACUCCACACAAAAUGGCCGACGUGAACGGACCCAAAAUGGCCGACGUGAACGGACCCAAAAUGGCCGACGUGAACGGACCCAAAAUGGCUGACGUGAACGGACCCAACAUGGCUGACGUGAACGGACCCAAAAUGGCCGACGUGAACGGACCCAAAAUGGCUGACGUGAACGGACCCAAAAUGGCCGACGUGAACGGACCCAAAAUGGCCACCGGUACCAUUGCUCGUGACCAAACGUUCUACAACCAACUGAAACUGCAGCUCCGAGACUCGGACAGAUCUGGGAUCAGUGUUGGGUCGUAAAGGCUUCACAGCGAGGCCGAGGGCAUCGUGUUAAGUCUGAAAUACAGUUGAUCAGUGUUUUUAUUUGUUAAAGAAUAAACUCCCUUCCUUUUGUAUCCUUUA